UUUGUACACUGUCACCGUGGGUGCAAUCGAUCGUACCAAUUCGCAUCCUUACUAUGCCGAAAAAUGUGCGGCCCUUUUAGUGUCUACAUAUAGCAGUGGAAGCGGAAGUUAUAUUUACACGACCGAUAUCGGUAAACGAAACUGUACCAAUUUACAUGGUGGAACAUCUGCUGCUGCACCAAUCGCAACGGGUGUUUUUUCUCUGGUUCUACAAAUUAGACCGGAUCUUACCUGGCGCGACAUACAAUACCUGACCUUACUGAGUGCCGUGCCGUUCAAUUUAGAUGAGUCAGAAUGGGAGCGUACAAAAGCUGGUAGAUUAUUUA